GAUUACUGUGAGAAAAAAUAGUUGUUUUUUGUGGCUACAUUAAUGCCCCCAAAUGCGGGUCUGGGCUGAGUUUGUUAUUUUUAUCUGCACAUUUUUAAACUGGAUGAUAAAUCUGCGUAUUCGUUUGGCGCAGUGAAAACAUUUCACACAAGAAUUUGACCGAUAAACCACUGACUACGACGAGGCUGGGUCUGAAUUGCGAGAAAUCGUCUGAACGACGCGAGAGUAGAUUUGUGUGUUGGUGUAUUCUCAAUUCUUUCCUUACUGUUUACAAAUCUUUGUUGGGUAUUGGUUUGAGGGUAUCAAACUGGCGACAUCACGUGUGCCGACUCCUCCUCCAUCUGACAUCAUGUCUUCCCCGCCUGUGGCAGAAAACUGGUGUUAUACUCAGGUGAAGGUGGUCAAGUUCUCGUACAUGUGGACAAUAAACAAUUUUAGCUUCUGUCGAGAAGAGAUGGGAGAGGUGUUAAAGAGCUCAACGUUUUCUGCUGGAGCUAAUGAUAAACUCAAAUGGUGCUUGAGGGUGAAUCCUAAAGGUCUUGAUGAAGAAAGCAAAGACUACUUAUCAUUAUAUUUACUCCUAGUUUCCUGUAAUAAAAGUGAAGUCAGGGCUAAAUUCAAAUUUUCAAUAUUAAAUGCAAAGAGAGAAGAAACAAAGGCCAUGGAAAGCCAGAGAGCGUACAGGUUUGUACAAGGUAAAGAUUGGGGUUUCAAGAAAUUUAUACGACGUGAUUUUCUAAUGGAUGAAGCAAAUGGUCUUUUACCAGAUGACAAGCUGACUUUAUUUUGUGAGGUGAGUGUUGUAGCCGAUUCAGUUAACAUAUCAGGACAGUCGAAUCAAACCCAGUUAAAAGUGCCUGAAUGUAGAUUAGCUGAUGAUCUAGGUAUACUAUGGGAGAAAUCAUCAUUUAGUGAUGUCACAUUAUCAGUGAGUGGCAGAGAAUAUCAAGCACAUAAAGCAAUACUUGCAGCUCGGUCUCCUGUAUUCAAUGCAAUGUUUGAGCAUGAAAUGGAAGAGAAAAAAUUAAACAGAGUUGAAAUUACAGACGUUGAUCAUGAAGUACUUCGAGAAAUGCUAAGAUUUAUAUAUACAGGAAAAGCACCUAAUUUAGAGAAAAUGGCAGAUGAUCUGCUCUCUGCAGCUGACAAGUACGCGCUUGAAAGGCUUAAGGUAAUGUGCGAAGAAGCCUUGUGUACGAACCUAUCAGUAGAAAACGUCUGUGAUGUGUUGGUUUUAGCCGAUUUACAUAGUGCCGACCAAUUAAAAGGAGUAGCUAUUGAUUUUAUUAACAGUCAUGCAAUGGAUGUAAUGGACACCAGCGGAUGGAAAUCAAUGGUACGGAGCCACCCACAUUUAGUAGCUGAUGCUUUUCGAGCGCUCGCAAGUGCACAAAGUCCCUUACUCGGACCUCCCAGGAAAAAGAGCAAGCAAUCAUAAAAGUAAAUGAGACAGGAGUACAACACUGAAUUGUUUAUUACACUUUACACUGAUGAACACACAUAGAUGUGGAAUCAAAGUUUCUGUUGGACAGGGUAGGUCGAACGCCCCUACAUUCCUGCUACAGGGUCAUACCAAUGUGCUGGUGUGAAAAUGCUUGAUAUCGCUACUCUGAUUUGACUAUAUAACCAUAGCGUGGAUGGUGAUGCCAAACUUUUCAUAUGUGGGUGCUUUGUGAUUGAAGGUGGAGCAGCAAUAGACUGGAAGUUCAUCAUCUUCUACUUGAUGUCAUUCCUGCAUAUGGUUGUCAAUUCUUUUGCUACUGGGAUGCCAGGACCUGUAUUUAAUGGCUUGCUAACUGGGGACACCACUCAUCUACGAGUUAUGAUGCGGUUUUACAUUCUCACAAACACUUCCUCUAAGAGGACAGACAGACUGUAUUUUUAUGAGGCUGGAGCCUUAUUUAAGAAAAAAAACCCACAAAAAAUGCACCAUGCUGCAUAUUUGUGCUUAAUUUUUAUAGGAAUGUAGAAUGUUUCAAAGUUUUGUCACAACUCUUUUUAAGGAGUGCUGAUAGUGUUUUCAAUGGUCAAAGGUCAUUAGAAUCUCAAAGUUGUAUUCCCACAUUGCAAAUAUGUAAGACAUCACUACCAGAACAAGCUAAUAACAUAAAAUGUGAUCAAAUGAUGCUGUUCUAGUUACAGAAUAUGAUAGAUUAGAAGUAGAUAUCACUUCUCCGAUUAUUUCAUGAGAGGGUCUUAUCCCUUGACAAACAUAGUAACUGAACAAAGCCUUCUAACUCAGUGUCUAUUUAUUACAAAUGCAGCUUAAAGGGCCAUGGCUGUUGGUCUCAUAUGAACAAAGAUGACGACUUUGACUGUUGCAUAGACCAACAAGUAUACCAAGCUUUACUAGUAACAUGUUUAAAUAUGAAAUUUAUUUGGGGAUCGAAGGAGUCACUGAUGGUAAUUAGUUCACGUCGUUCCCUAGUCAAAAUUUGUAUUUGUGAUUUCCAUUAGAAGAGUGGGAAAAACAAUGUUUAUCAAUGCGAUGACCACCACCCUUUAAUUGAUUCAAGAGGUCAACUUAAAUUCAUAUUCUGUAGCUAAUUUCUAAUCCAAAAUCUCCACAUUUUAACGUGUAUAUAUUUGUCACAGAUUUGAAUUGUGGGAAUGCAACUUUAAGUGCUACUACACUCCACAUUUAACAAUAUAUUGGAGGUUUUCUGGACUAGCUGUGCGGUUCUAGCUAAUCCACUGAGUUACUACACAGCAAUGAUGCCGACUCACCUACAUGUAUGCUGUGUAGUCAUUGGAAAUCUGUAUCUUUUAGAAACUAGCCUCAUACAUCUGUUGAUUUGAGGUCCCAAUGUCAGGACCUCUAACGGUAUCAACUCAAAGUUUCAGUAAAAAGUUAAGAUGGAUAAUUUGGGGCUUAUCUCAAAAUAUUGUUAGAGGCAAGAUAGAUAAGAGAUCAUACACUGUAAAAUGCAAAAUAAAAUUCUAUGCAUACUUAAUGCACCACUUGAGGAACUUCACUCAACUUGUCAAUUUGUAAAUAAUGUUUUUAUUUCAAGCUACCAGCCUUUUUAUACCAAUACCUGCCACUUAUUGAACUGUUGAACUCGGCAGACUGUAAACAAUGGUAAAAUAAUGAUGAUCGUCAUGCGUCUAUCACUGAACAUUGCACACGUCUUGCAUGAUUUGUCAGCGUGCUCAUCGCAUAUUUAAUUGUUGAUUCGCUGUCUGGCACAGUUUUUUUUUUUAUAUUGAUAAACGACUGAUGUCAUAUCUGCGCUAGAAAAUCACCUUCACAUGCCCUUGUCAUAUCUGGUGUAUUCUGUAAACAAUUCAGAUCAUUACCCAUGCGUAACCUUUGACCGUUGUGAAUCUAUCUGUGCACGCACAAAAGUGAGUUUCACAGUUUAUUUAUACCAUUUAUUUAUAUUCAAGUAGAAACAACAGCUACCAAGCAUUAUAGUUUUAAUUAAAAUCAGUUGGACAUUAGAAUUAAUUAUUGCCGGAGUAUAUUUAACAAAGUGUAUCCUGCAUAAGUAAACACUGAAUAAAAAAAUUGUAUUAAGUGUA